ACCUUGGGCCUCUCCAGCCAGCCACAGAACAAGCUCCCCUGGCCUGUGAACUGAGUGGCUGAAGAGUGUGGCGCAAAAGCGGCACCUUCCUUGGCCUCCAGCUGCAGCCCUUCAGCCAGUUCACGCGCUCUUGCCUCUCCCUAGUGCACCUAGCCUGCCUGGCCCUGCCCAUAGGUGGCACACACACGGGUUUCAUGCCAGCUACUGUGCAGGUGAGAGGAGACAGCCGGUGAGAGCAGAGCGAGGGAGAGGAGGAGGAGGAGGAGCAUCCGCAGCAAAAGUUCAGCUUGGAAGAAUAAAAGCAGCUGUCAGAUAAAAGUGCCUCAUCGGACUGCCUGCAAAAGAAGGGAGAUCUGAUCAGCCAGCUCUUUCUGAGCCUGUCCUCCAAGGGGACUGGGGCCUUGGUCAAGGUGAGUGAGGGGGCUGGGAGGAGCACCAGAGGUGCUGCAAACUGGGCAGUAGGCAAACUGCCUUGAAGCAAAAUAGGCUCUUUUCUGGGACAUAGAAAAGAAGGGUCCCUCCUUUCUCCAGCCCACCCAGCAAAAACGGGAUGGUAAUAAAGUAGGAAUUGGGUUGUUUUGGUGGGGACGGCAGGAAGGGGCUAGAGAAAGGAGCUAUCUUGUCUUCUGAAAAUACGCAUUUUAGUUUCACUUUCCAGCUUUAGAUGGGGUAAAUAUUUGGUGUGGGAUUCUGAAGGUGGGUCAAGAAGUUUCUCUCCAAGUUUUCCUUUAUUUUAAAAGAGCGAAACCAUGAUAUCCCCUUCCCCCCCCCCCAUCAUGGGAAUAGGCACCACUGUAUGGGGUUUUCCUUAAUAAUUAUAUGCAAUUAUUCCAUGUGCAUUCCUCCACUUUCUGUGCCACAUAGGGAUUGUGUGUGAAGUUGGGCUGGAGAGGGUGGGGGAGGGAGAGGAUACAAUUAAGACAAGUUUAUUUCCCAGCUUGCUCUCCCCUUCCUCUGACUAAUGUAAUCUUGGUCAUUCAUACUUUAAAUAAUUUUGUACAGCCAAACUUUUAUUCAGAAGGAAAAUGAGUUUUUUUCUAAACACAUGACUCCUCAAAAUGUUGCAAUGUCUACCCCCCCCCCCCCCCCCCGGAAAUAAGCUGGGGCCAUGCCUGCCCGGUUUUGCAAGACUUGCAGAGUCACCCCACCCCUAGCAGCUCCUUCUGCCCCCCUCAGUGGGUGCCAUCCUGUCCCCACCUGCAGUGGCCAAACCUCAGUGCCCCACUGCCUCUCACGCUCCAUUCUAAAUAAAAAUUGUGGUGUCCCCCAGGCUCCAUGCCUAGUGCAGCCAAACCAGAGGUAGUCUCCGCAUCGCCUCUGCCCACCUGCCUUUACCCUGGCACUCUCAGAUAAGGUGGCCUGAGAAGGCUGGUGUUUUUUGAGCAGAGUAGCCAAAUGGUCGUGUUUUCUCCUCCUGCACCCCCACCACUGCCCCACAUGCCCCUGUGCACCAAGGCCUGAAGUCUCUCUGGUAUCCAUAGCAACACCUUCCCCAUGCCUGAGGGGCCUUGGCAGGGCGGGAGUGCUCCUUCCCUCUCACAACUGCAGCGCCUUUGCAUCUCUCAACUGCUCCACACAUUACGUGAUGCAGAGACCAUCCCCGUGUAGAGAGAGAGAGAGCUGUAUCGCCAUGUGUGAAGAGGAAGAUCGUAUGCGUUUUUGUUGUUGCUUCUUCUGACAUUGGUUAUGGGUGACUGCGGUAAACACACUUGUGCGUAUUAUGCCAGGCGCUGGAUACGUCUUUUCCCAAAGCAAUUAUCUUGACAUGGGGAGAAACUUAAACCAAUUAAAGCAGGCUUCUGAUUUGUAAGAGCAUUUUGGGGGCUCAUAGGUAUUACUGGCAUCAUCUUUAUGAAAUACCGUAUACUGCCAUUAUGGUUUUUAUCUGUGAUUAUUGUUACAGUGCCAUUUGUGUACAUCAUACUUUCCCAAGAGCAAGAAUGCAGGUCCCUGCCCCAGUGGCCAUACAGUCGGGGGGGGGACAGAGGAUGGGGAGAGGGACAUGGAGACAGGGUUUAAUGGGAAAAGAAGCAGGUCUGCAUGUCUUCCUUGCCCUGUUUGUGUGGCUGAUGUUAGGUAGCUUGAGUGUGCUGGAAUCUGGGUUUUAAUUCAGCUGAGGACUUAAGAAGAGCCAGUGACCCAUCUAGUCCAGCAUCCUGCUCUCACAGCAGCUGGAGGAGGAGGAGCUGCAAGUAACAGGCUUCCACCCUUCAUGUGCUUCACCUGUUCUGUAAACAGACCCUCCAUAGGGGUUCCAAGAGCUCCACUCAGAGCUGCGACCUGGAAUGCAGGAAUAGCCUUUGCUUGUGCAUGAAAGAAAUGAAUGAAUGAGGCUAGUAGGUAGGGUUAAGUGAGUACGCAGGAAGCAGACUCUCCUCUCCAAAAUGUGACUUCCGAGUAUAAACCCUAACAACACCAGAAGCCGGGGAAGGAGGGGCUGUGUUUGUGGGUUUCCCCGCACCCUCCUGUCCCGUUGCUCUCGUGUGUUGUGUCUGCCUCUUUAUCUUUCACUCUCUGGAGGAGAGAGGUACGAUUAAGCUCCAUACUAACCCGACUCCUUGCAACGUGGGCCUGCCCCAGCUUGCAAAUUUGGGGUGGGGUGCCCGGGGUGCAACUCACCAGGCAGGUUGAGUUUUCCCCCCCUCCCCCCCCGCCGCCGCCACCGUGCGCAGGUUUCCAUUGGCCUGGUGCCUGAUCUAGAUUAGCCUCUUCUGGUAUUGCACCCACAACAUUUGCGUUGGGUGAUGACAGUGGGGGAACGGAGCUUGGGAUCUCGUUGAACUUCACACAUUUCCGCACUCCCUUUUGCAAACCGCAACUGUUCCUGGUGAGUGGAAAAGAGCAGGAGAGGCGGAAGGCGGAAGACCCAUUCAAGCAAGCGUGGUUUCUUUCCUUCCUUAUCCCCCCCCUUGCCACACCUAUUCCUGCAUUAUCUGCCUCCUCCCUGCAAACUCCACGUGCCCUACCAUGCAGUACCAAUAGGCUACAUGUGUUCCCCCCAGCAGGGCCUGGUGUCCUCCACUACUUGACGCACCAUGGUGAAGGACGCAGGUUGCUGCAGCCGGUGUGCCACCUGCCUGCUGUGCCUCUACAGCUGCCGUUGGACUCGUAACAAGAAGGGUCUGGUAACCAGCAAGGUGAGUGGGCAACUCUUCUCCAGCAUCUGUAGGGAUGUGUUUAGAGAGUACUGGCUGGCCUGGCUCUGUUGCGUCAUGAGGCAUGAGGAGAGCACUGGCAUGUCCUGGAGAAGAGGGGCAGGGGGUGCCAGGCAUGGACCCUUUUUCUGUCAAGGGCUUUUUAAAAGUUCAUUUUUCACAGCAUUUAUUCCCUACCCCAUUGCCAAAAGGGCUCUCGGAGAGACUUGCAAAAAUCAAGACAGUACCUGCCCUCAGGCUCAUAAUCUAAAAAGGCAUGACACACAAGGAAAAAGGAAUAGGAGGGAGGAAAGAAACAGAAGCUCCAGCAAAAAUUCAACAGAAGUCUUUGUCCUUAGGCAGCUGUGUUUUGACCUGUUUUCUCUAGUGUCCAAUAUGGCAGGAUCCUCCAGCUCUCUCUCUCUCUCUCUCUCACCACCCUCUCCUAGCACCCUCAGUUUUGGCCCACUCAGUGCUGUGCUCUCAAAAGUUCCAGGAGACCUGGUGCUGGAAUUGGUCGGUCUGCCUGACUCUCACAGAGAAAGAUGGCUUGCCUGCCCUGGCGUGUUAGGAAUUCCCUCUUACUGACUAAUCAUGGCCCCCUUCUCUUUCUUGACAGCAAAAGACAAACUGGUUUCCCAGCGCAGUGGGGGAAUGUAGCCAUGCCUGUAAAGUACCCUGGUCCUCACUGUAUCCUUAUUAUCAUUUCAUCUUCAUCAUUAUUUAGUUCAACAAUUUUUAAUGCUGCUUAAAACCUUUUUUCUAAGCAAUGUACAAUGCAGUUACAAAUAUAUAUAUAAUACAGAGGGGGAAAUCAGUUAAAAUCAAUAAUAAAAAGCUUACUUAAAGUGCCUGCUGAAUAUUUCUUUUUUUAAAAAAGAAGUCUUCAUUGAGGGAGGGAGGGACCGCCUGGUAGGGCUGGCAGUUUCUGGUUUUCAUCAUUGUGAUAUAUCAGCAGCUAAACAUUGUGAUAUACUGAUAUAUCACAAUAUCUGAAAUAAGGAUGUAACUAUGUAGAGGCAAAUAGGGCAAUGUCUUGGCACUUGCUACUACUUAUGGGUCUAUAAAGGGUACAUUUUUACUUACUUUUAGCAUAUCAUUACAACUGUUAUUUUAUAGUACAGAGAGCAACAGGGGCAGCAGGAAACAUAAGAGAAGCGAUGACUGGCUUCACGGUUUUUCCCAUUUCACAAUUUUUUACAUAGCACCCUCACAAAUUGUGAAUCGUGAUAUGUCGCCAUGUCAAAUAUUAUAGAACUGUUCUCACAAUGUGGACUUCGAACCAACUUCAGACGAUGUAUUGAUACAUCGCCCAGCCCUGCUGUCUGGUCUCAGUCGGGAGAGAAUUCCACAAUACGGGAACGCUUGGCUCCUGGCAGAUGCAGGCAGUGCCAUUCAGGACGCCUAACUGCGAUUCCCCCAAAUACAUCAGGGAUCAGGCAGGGAUCGGGAUCCAAGUACUUAAGGGCCUUGCGAAUUAAUGCAGGAACUUUGAACUUGACCCAGUAGCAUAUGGGCAGCCAGUGCAAGCUUUUGAAAACUGGAGUUAUGUGCUGGUGAUAAUCUAUCUCCAUCAACAGCCUAACUGCAGUGUUUUGCACUAGAUGGAGUUUCCAGACCAGGCCCAUGGGCAACCCCACAUGAUAAUUAUCAUUAUGAAUUUCUAAACCACCCUCUAUUAAUUAGAAUCCCUGAAUGGUUUGCAACAACUACAUUAAAACCAUAAUUAAAAAACAAACCAUGGCAACACAGCAGGGAUGGGCAGAGGUGGGCAGGCGACGGGAGCUUAGAGGAAGUAGCAGCCAUGGGCAGCCACACAGUCUGUGGCUCCAGCUCCACCCCUUUGUAUACUGGGUGACACAGGGGUCGAGGAAAGGGGUGUGCUGGGGCGGGCCACCCCGGGUGUAACCACUGAGACAAAAUGCCAGGCGACACUCACCACGGGGCUUGCACCAUGCCCGAGCCAAGCAUUUCUCCUGGGAGUGCCGCGGUGGCUUGGGUGCCCUUAGGCUCCACACUGCCCCCAAAGGUCCGCCCACUGCCUCCCCCUCAGUUGUAGGGCAGCUGAGUGGGAGGAGGCAGGCAGACUCCUCAGAGGCCCAGCGGAGCAUCCUGCCCCGGCUCGCCCUGCCCCGCAGGUGGCUGGCCCCGCCCCUGGGCGCAGGGCAUGCACACUGCCCCAGGCACCCGACUGGCUUGCUCCACUACUGGGGUGGCAUGUUCAGCAAAAGUGAGAAGAGGCAUUAUCUGAUCACGUGAGGGAAAGUGAGUUCCUGAGAAUGUGGGUGGGAGGAAGCCAGGGGGGUUGGCCAUGGGGGAAAGUGUUCUUUCUGCUUCCCACCCCUCCUGCAGCGUAGGCCCUCUAAGCAGUGCAUGGCUGGAGCAGAUGGCAUGUUUUUCCCUCCAGAGAGUUGAAGGCCAUUUGAAAGAGGGAUUGCUGCUCACAAUGUAUAUAUUCUGCUCAGGUAUGCCUCCAUGUAUAGCGCUUUAUGUCCGCUUUGGCUGGCUUCAGUUUAUCUGCAUGUUGCCUUUCUGUGGUAAACCAGCUCCUAAAGCAUCAGUAUACCAUGCAAUAACAAUGUAAUAUAACAACACCUAGUAAAAUAUUUAGCAUCUACUUUCCAAAGUAAUCAUUAACAAUUCAAAACAUAUUGCCAAAAUAUAAACAUAGAAUCAACAUUUCAAAAGGCCCACCGAAACAGACCUAACAAUCAGCUCAAUAUUAUACAACUAGGCCAACAAUUAAUCCUAAAGCUUGGGAAUAAAACUACUAAAGACAAAAUCCAAAUUAACAGCAAAAUAGUCUAUCUACCCUUACUAAGAAGAAGCCCAAAGCAUGGAAGAUAAUACAAGAUCUUAUGUCCAACCUUUCAUUUCAAGGCACAUCAGCAAAAUGAUUUGAGAACUAAUGAAAUAUGUAUGUUCCCCAAGGGAUGUAAAGCUCCUCAAAUCACUUUCAAAAUUAUUAUCUAAUCUUCAGUCUAAGGCUAAGCUGUCCUCAGAGCUUGAUUUAAGGUGGGGUAUAAAUCAGAAUCUGCUGUCAGUGCCGCAGCUCAGCCUUAGAGCAAGCAAGGCAAAAGCAUAAUUUCAUUUGUUAUUUUUAACCCACUUUUCUGUGUGGAGACACAAACUGGUUUACAAGAUUAAAACAUGUUGUAUACAAAUUUUCAGGUUUAAAUAUACUGUAGCUAUUUGAAUCUUUUCUCUCUCGCUUUGGAUCAAAGCUAGUUGGGUAGGGAAGACAUACCAAAGUUCAGAUUUUAUAAGGAACGACAGGAUUGAUGCUGGAUAGUCCUGUUUUAAAUGUAUUCGGAGCUGUCGUUUUUUAUUUUAAAAACUGUUUUAAAAUAUUUUUUCUGUAAAUCGCCUUGAGAUGGCAGUUUAGAAGGCACUUAAUCAGUGAUUAUGGUGAUAAUAAGGAGAAGGACUAACAUCAUAUGUACACCACUUCCCAAACCAGUGGUGCGCUGCAUCUAGAGCAAAUGGGAGUGUGUGCACAGCCACAGCUUAAUGGCACCAGAUAAAAAACAAAUGCAGUAUCACAGGCACAGCAGAUGGUAAGAAAUAAAACCAGAAGCUUGCUGAAACAAUUUUCAGCAAGUGUCUAAAUCAGCCUUCAACAGCUUGGUUCCCUCCAGUUGUUUUGGUGAGAACCACUCUCAUUAUCCCUUAGUGGCUGGGGCUGAUGCAAAUUGUAGUCCAAAACAUCUGGAAGUCACCAGGUUGAUCCAGAUACUAAAGGAGAAGGAGGCUGACAGUAGGAGGAAAUUCCACAGCAAUGUCACUGAAAAGGAACCUGUCAUGGGUACCUUCCUGUCUGAUCUCACAUAUGACCACCUAAAGCAUGUGCCUAGGGCAUGCCCUCCACUGUGUAGCCACAGCCAGCCUUGCACAUCUGGAGCUGCAAGUGGGGCUUCCAGGCCAGAGGGUGUGUCAUCCAAGAGUCAAGAGCCACCUAUUGAGGUGCAUCUGCCGGUGGUUCAUUUUCUAACCUGUUCCUCCUCUUCACAGUGCGACUGUGCCUGGUUCUUCUUCAUCUUCUGCGUGUGCCUUUUCGCCCUGGCCUGGUUCUACCUUGCCUUUGUCACCCUCAAUGAUUUCCACAAUCUCAAUGAGUGAGUAGAAGGCCCGGGGUGCCCUCCCCCACCUAAGAUUCUCUCCAGCUACCUUUGUCAUAACCCUUCCUCACCUCGGGUUUUUUCCCUUGCCCAACAGAUUCAUUUUCCGCAAGACAGGAUGGUGGCUUGACUGGUCGAUGGUGAUGCUGUCUGGAACAACAACUCUGGUCACCUUCUCCUCACUGCUCCUGGUACACCCUUUUUAUUUGGCUCUUUUCCCAGGACACUUGCACCGUACCUCCAGAAUUCCCUGGUCUCGCUUUGGGGUGGUUGGGGGGUGGGGGGAAAUCAACUUCUUAAAACCCAUUUGGGAACAUGCUGUUCUGCCUACUAAGGACCAUUUCAUAUAACCUAUUUGUAGAGCAUUUAUCCUGAUUUGUUAGAGGAGAGGUUACAUGAUGUUGCAUCAAAACAAGGGUUAUCCCAUACUCCAGCACAUUUUCCCAUCACUUUCCUUAUUAGAAAAAGUCAGGUCUUUGGGAAAAGCGGGUUUGUCACACAAGACAUACCUAUCUAUCUGAAUUUGCUAGUAUGUGAUUAAGUCUGGGAACUCCAGUUUUUUGAGAGAGCCAGCAAUAUCUAAGCCCAACAUUUCAUAAAACUUAAUAGAGUUCCUUGGGAGAAAGUUAAAUCAGCACAUUGAGAAUACCAGUGUACAGUGGUACCUCGGGUUAAGUACUUAAUUCGUUCCGGAGGUCCGUACUUAACCUGAAACUGUUCUUAACCUGAAGCACCACUUUAGCUAAUGGGGCCUCCUGCUGUUGCCACGCCGCCGGAGCACGAUUUCUGUUCUCAUCCUGAAGCAAAGUUCUUAACCUGAAGCGCUAUUUCUGGGUUAGCGGAGUCUGUAACCUGAAGCGUAUGUAACCUGAAGCGUAUGUAACCCGAGGUACCACUGUACUUUAAAACAGACACACACAAAGUAGAAACAUUAGGAGAUACCUUCAGACUGAGUGAGACUGCUGGUCCAUCUAGCUCAGUAUUCUCUGCACUGGUUGGCAGCAGUUCUCCAGGGUUUCAGAGAGGGUGCCUCUCCCAGCCAUGCCUGGAGAGAUUCGGAAUUGAACACAGGACCUUUUGCAUGCAAAGCAGAUGCUCUACCACUGAGCCGCAGCCUCUUCUCCAUCAGUUGGAUAAGAUUAGCCUAAAACAUAUACAGUGGUACCUCGCGUUAACUACUUAAUUCAUUCCAGAGGUCCAUUCUUAACCUGAAACUGUUCUUAACCUGAAGCACCACUUUAGCUAAUAGGGCCUCCUGCUGCUGCUGCUGUGCCGCCGGAGCACAAUUUCUGUUCUCAUCCUGAAGCAAAGUUCUUAACCCGAGGUACUAUUUCUGGGUUAGUGGAGUCUGUAACCUGAAGCAUAUGUAACCUGAGGUACCACUGUAUAAGUGAACAUCUCAGAAGCCAGAAGGAAGGUUCUGAGAAGGGUGUCUAGUGGUUAGUGGCUGAGACUUUUGUGACAGUGGAAUUUGUAAUGCAAAUAGGAAAGUAUCUGCAACUUUCAUAAUACAGGUCUGAAGGGUUUGGGUAUAGAAAGCAGGUUGCCUAACUGCAGAGUUAUGGCUUUUCUUCAUUUUUGAGUGGUGUCAACACCAUCAUCUUUGUAUGAGAAUGUGGUCCUCCUGCUGUCCUUGUCCCAGAAUCCAAAGUGGGUUCUUUGGUCCUAAGUCACAUCACUCUCCCAUUUUAAUUAUAGGUUCUGGCACUCUGCCUGCAGCUCUGGCACCAGCCCCUGAAGCUCCAUUGGAUAUACAAGGUAAACCCCUGCCCCAAGCACAAUUCCAACUUCCUACCGGUUUCCUUUGUGGAAGGCACAAUCCUGCACAAAGGUUUGUGCUGCUGCUGCUGCUGCUGCAUAAUGUUGGUGCACACCAGAUCACCACCAUUAGCUAGUUGGAUUCCCAGUAUCAAAUGAGCAUGCAUUUAUUUAUUUUUGCACUUAGUGCUGAGAUAAAGUACAACAGAUCUCUUCACCUGAUGUCAUUUGAUGUUAGGUGAAUGACCGGGGGGGGCGGGGUUGGACCAAAACGGCCUGGUGGUCCUCCACUUCCUUCUCCUUCCUCUAUUUCUCCUGUUACAUUUUAGCCUGUAAGCUCCUUGGGACAGGGUUUCACUUUGCACAGUGCCUUGCACACUGAUGGCACUAUGUAAGUUUAUUUUCCUUAUUAAAAUGUUUAGAGACUGUCUUCCAUUAUAAGAUAACAAGGUAAUUUACAGAAUAAAAGCCAAACAAUUAAAACGAUAAGGCACUGUAAGCAAAAAUACCACAGAUUUCCAGACUUUUCCAAUAAAGCCAGUGCUAUAAACUAACAAAUAUUUUUCCAAUAAAGUCAGUAAUGAGCUAAUGUAACAAUACCAUGGAAGGGGAGAGGACACUGGGGGCUUGCAAUGUUUUGUAAGGAUGGAGGAAAAAAUUGAUUCACCUCACAUUUAAUAGAAACAUGACUACAAUGUGAGAACCAAAAUACUGCCGUGCUUUGAAAUUUACAUUUCUCUAUUUUUUUCUGUGCAGUUCUCCAGCUAAGCAAUAUGUUCAAAAAUGCAUACAGUAAAGUGUACAUAUAAAUACGCACUAAAAUGCUUAACGGCUUUUCACAAGGACUUGUAACUGAUUUGGAAAUGUAGGGAACUGAGCUUAAGAUUAGAAAAAUAGGAAACUAAAAUAAACUGAAACUGACAUAUUCACCAUUCCCUACAAACAUGCAAGUAGAACACAGGUGGAAGUGAAAAGUAUACGCACAUCAGCUUCCCCAGAGAGAAGCCUCACUGCACCCCAAUAUAUGCAUUGCAGGGGAUUGGACAACAUGACCCUUGGGAUCCCUUCCAACUCUACCAUUCUAUGAUUCUAUGUUCUGUUACUCACUUUCUCUCUCAAACACUCACAAGCAAACCGAUUACUUUCCCAUUCCAAAUGCACAACAAUCUCUCUAAAGAUGUUCAACAACACUAGGCCCAGAACAGAACCCUGCAGCUCCCUACUUUUCACUCCCCCGCCCCCCAAAAAUUUAAUACAUGUGUUGCCAAAGCAAGCACACUUUUUUCCAGAAUGGUGAGAAACCAAUAGCUUUAUUUAGUUGCAACAGUGUACAAAAUAACCAAAGUGGUACAGUCCUUGCAGAAAGGUCUUGACAUUCUAUACCAGGGGUCGGCAAACUACAGUCCGCUGGCCGGAUCAGGCCCGCAAGGUUCGUUAACCCGGCCCAGCCGCUUUCUGAGCUCCCUGGGGGGGGGGGGGAGACAAAAAAGAGGGAAGCUGCCAGAUGUUCUUAUGCAAAGUCCUCCUUCAGAAGGAGGAAAAGCAGGGGGAGGAGGUCUGCUGGCAGGAAAAGAGGCACCACCCGGGGAGGGGGCAAGAGAUUUAUGGGGGGAGGGAAAGAGAGAGGGUGGGGGCCCCACCCCCAAAGCGCAGAAGAGGGGCCAGCAGCAGGAGGCCCAGCAGUCCGCAAUGCAGCACCAAACCCAGGCAAGGACCCCCCCAUCCAAACAAUGUCUGUCAUCAGUGCAGGUAAGAAAAUUUUUUAAUUUUAAUAUUUAUCAUCUACAAUGCUGUCUGGCCUGCAUGGUGCUCUUGCGUGGAAUGUGUCCUUUUAAAAUGCACCUGUGGGUUACUUGUGGGGCCUGCCUGGUGUGCACAGGAAUUCGUUCAUUUUUUCACCCAGAAUAUAGUCCGGCCCCCCACAAGGUGUAGGGACAAUGGACUGGCCCCUUGCUGAAAAGGUUUGCCAACCCCUGGUCUAUACAUACUGCCUCCUUUUCAAAAUAAAGUUCUUAAAGUGGCUUAAAUACAAUUGUCCCCCCCCCCCCCGCCCCCAGGCACUUGAUGCUGUCUUCUCUUCCUUCCAGGUUCUUCUGAUCCUGACGGCACUUGUGGUGGCUUCUGCUUUUGUGGGGGUGGAGGUUCAGUGGGAAGAGCAGUGGGAAAGUGCCCACAUCUCCCUGCAGGUAAGAAUCCACAGCUGAUGGCAUGAUCUCAGAGAAUAUGAGCCAUGGCACAGCUGCCACAUGAACACUGCCCAAAAAUGAAUUGAAUGGUGAGCUUUUGGGAUAUAACAAGUGUUUGCCAUGUGAUUUUGGCACAGGUUGUGUUUUUUUCCUUGCCUUCCCUUCUUGCUGAGCUGCUGCGCAUGGCAUCGCUUGCAGCAGCAACUGAAACAUGGAAUGAUUCAUAGCAGCUUCUACACAGCAGUUAAAUUGUGAACCAACCCAGUGGGUACAUUCAGCAACAGUUGCUUGUGCACCUGUUGGACCUUGUCAGCCAGACAACUGACAGCACAGGUAGACCCCCAGGAAAAGUCUAAUACCCCCUGCCCUCUAGCAUCCUACCCAGUACAGGUAGUACGAAGCAAGUCAGGCAAUCUGCCGGUGGUGGGGUGGUUCUUAUGGCUGAUGAAGACCGGACAGGAGGAGGCAAAGUUGAUUGGAACACAGAAUACCCUUGCACAUUUUGACCAAGUUUUAUAUCACAAAAUAAAGGGGUUACAAAAAUAAAUAAUAGAUAUAUAAUGUCUUAAUAUCAUGUAUAUACAAAAUGUCAGUUAUGGUUUAAGGAGCAUUAUAUAAUCAGGCAUCCUUGCUCAUUAUUAUAUUUUAAACAAAAUGUCAAAUUAUAAGACUGAGAAUACUAGAUAAGGUUAAACACUGUUUUGGAAUGUUCAACCUUAUCUAGUACUCCAUUUUUCAAUAAAAUUGGUUUUGUGCACAUCCUUCAGCAUCUCUUUUAUAACAUGCAAGUUUUGUCAACAGUGCUAUAUAUCCCAUAUGUUUUAUUACCAUUGCAAGAUGUCAGCUGGUUUAUCUGAUUUUCAGUUCCUUGCUGUGGCUACUCUGGCUGCAACGUUGCAAGUUCCAAACCUUCCACAUUUACUAUGCAUUUUAGACACUCCAGUAAAACAUAUUUGGUGGUUAAGAUUAUAUCGCCACAAAGAAGUUCAUUUAUAAUCCUCAAUGCCUCUUGCCAAAAGCUUAUAAUCUUAGUACAGUUUAAAUUCCAGCUCACUUAUUUAAUUUAUGAGUCAUUCCUUGUGAAAGCAUCUUGCAGCAAUUAACACUAACUGUGGCUUUUCCUUCUGGGUGGGGACUCCAGCCCUUGAUGCCCUCUGCCAUUAUCCUGCAGGGAACUCUGGGUUAAAAGCUUAGCUUCAGGGCCAGCCUAUUCCCUGGCAUUGCCCCUUCAUUCUACCUGUUCUAUUUGUCCCAUGUUGCUGCAGCCUGAUAUGACUCCCUUGGAAACUCCAAACCAAUGGCUAACUCUUGUUUCUGCCCUGCCAGGCAACAGGUCCCUUCCUGCACAUCGGAGCUGUGGUGGGCAUGACACUGCUUGCCUGGCCAGUGGCUGACUGCUUUUACCGUACAUCCUGCUCAGGUACCAGGGAGGCCAAAGCUAUUCUUGUUCUCUCCCAGUACAGGCCCCUACAGCAGGCAUUUCGGAGUCUUCCUUAGGUGUUGAACAAUGUUCAAGGCCAUACGGGGUCCCUCCUAGGACUAAUCUACCCUCAUCAUUCAAAACGUUAGAAAUGUGUUAUUAAAAUGUGACACCGGAUAGCGCUGUAGAGCAGCGAAAUGUUGCCAAUGAGAACUUGCAUUGGGAAAUAUAUAGUUUUCCAGAUCAGUGUCAAUCCAGCCCUAGCGUCUUUUUUUACCACUCAUUCAUGAUUAUUUGUGCUUGUGAUGAGGCUACUCGGACAAUUACACACAAUCUCACUUCAAAUACUGUUUGCACCUGCAAAUGUUUGGGGCAGUCAUACUGCUUCAUUUCCAGUCAGUGCAUAUCCUGUUGAAAUCCUAUUUAUUUGUACCAAAACUGAGAGAGUGAGGGGAAAGUCGUCCCACUUUUGUCGUUUUAUAGCCCCUCCAGACAACAAUGACGUAGUAGCGGUGGGGAAGCAUCACAGAACAACUAACAAAGCAGACUAAAUUCACCACUAAUGCACCACUAUUGUGCCAAGAGCAUGUUGCAGACUACACUCUGAAUAAAAUGCCAGUAUGGAGGGGCCCUACGUCUUGUUUAUUGACAGUACUGCAUGCUGCAGUGUGUUGCUCAGCUCUUUCUUUAGGGCUCUAGCAGGUGGCACCAUUGCAUUAUUAGAGUUCCACUCUGAAGAAACAAGUAACCUCACUGGUGGGAAGAGACUAGGAUGAUCCCAAAGAGCUGGGGGCCCAAUUCUGAUAUCUUACCUGGAAUGUCUUCUCAAUGCUAGUAAUGAAGGUCUAGCUUGCUAUUAUCUUCUUCCAAGACUGCCGUUGCAUUUUACCUGCAUUUUCCAUCUGUCUGUGUCUCCACAGUCCUGAGAACUCUUCUGCUGCUGUUGUAUCUGGGUGCAGUGUUUGCUCUGUACUUAGCCCCACUGGGUAUUGAUUCCCCCUGUCUGUUGGAGUACAGCCAGCUGCCCCCCAAGCCAGCUCUGUUCGGGCACCGUGGAGCUCCCAUGGUGAGUAGCCAGCACCUCCUUUGCACAGCAAGAAGCAGGAUAAUAGGUGGCAUAUCUCUUCCUCAAUGAGGUGCCUUAUCUCUUCCUCCUCCACCACCACCUCCUCCUCCUCUUCUUCUUCUUGUUAGAUUUAUAUUCUACCUUUCCCCCCAAAAGGACUCAAAGUAGCCUACAGAUAAAAACAAGAAAAGACACAGAAAAAUCCAUCAUUAAUAUACAAUUUAGCAUUGGUAGAAUUAAAAUUAUACAAAAAUCUAUGCAGAUAAUUACAAUGAAAGCAGCACAGCACCAGCCCUUUCAUUAAAAGCAGUCAGUUCCCAAAGGCCUGUUGGAACAAGAAAGUCUUCACCGGCUAGCAGAAAGACAGCAGUUUAGCUUCUCUAGGGAGGGACUUCCAAAGUUUGGAAGCAGCCACCAAGAAGGCCCUCUCCCAUGUCCCCACUAAGCAUUACUUGCCAUCCAGCACCAACCUUACUACCUUUGUCCUUCAAAUGCACCUGUCAUUUUAUGUCCAUUUUUAAUCUCCAUCCAGCUUGCACCUGAGAAUACUCUGAUGUCCUUCCGGAAGGCAGUUGACUAUGGAGUGAGCGUCUUGGAGACAGAUGUCCUGGUGAGGUAAGGGGAGAAGAGGUGGCAGAUCAGCUGUCUGUGGGAGAUGAAGAGACUUCCUGGUCCCCCAAGGCAACUUCCAGAGUUCUUUCCUUCUCCCUCCGGCAGUAGAGAUGAAUCCAUUCCCCAGACCAAGCUCUUUUUCUUUCUCGCCUGGCAGUGCCGAUGGGGUCCCUUUCAUCAUGCAUGACGAGAAGCUCAUCCGGACCACAAAUGUGCAAGAGGUUUUCCCUGCUCAAGCCCAGUCCAAUGCCAGCUCCUUCAACUGGACACAGCUGCAGCAACUUGAUGCUGGCAGCUGGUUUCUGCAGGUGAGAGCUGUGUGGUGGUGCCAACUCAAGCCCUGUGCAAGCUUGGUGGGGUGAAAUGGGUGCUGCUGGGCUGACUUGCAUGAGUGGAAUAGCAUUGGUUGCUCCCUGUGCAUUUGCUCUCUGAAGGGAUACAAUACGGUGGGAAAUGAUUUCCUGUUGUGUGGGAUGGAGAACAGACAAGAAGGUGCUGUAUAUCUGGCUAUAAAUCUUACUACCAGAAUACACAGACCUGGGUUUGCCAAUGUGGGCUUCUCCAUUGUGCCCAUCUGUACCUUUAUGGCACCUGCAAAGAUCUCAGUAUAUAUCUGCUCAAAAAUCCGCAAUACAUGGGAGAUGUUUAGCUCUUGCUGCUCAGCCCCUGUUUUCACCAGUUCAGCCUCUCCUACAUUGGACAUACCUUCCAGAACUGGACACCCACCCUCUUUUCCAUUCUGAACAGAGGAGAGGUGCAAAGGGCUUCUCUCUGUCAAGAUGCCCCCCCCCCCCAGUGAUGCUGGCAGGGGCUUGCCUUCAGCUUUCUCUGCUCUUUUAGGUGUGGCAGCCAAUUUGCAUUACGCCAUGCUUUCCUGCAACUCACACACACCAACAUUUUGUGACUGGUGCGCAUGGUACUUUCUCAAAAUUCCAAAUGUUCCUGUGGGCCCAGAAAGGUGAUUGACGCCUGGCUUAGUCCCUCAAUAGGACCAGAUCUAAUGAAUCCAAUAGGGGCAUGUGGGCUGUGGUGUUUGCUGAUGAUGAUCUGAUCCCUACUGAGCCCGGGUGCUCAAUAGGCUGUGCAGAUGACUGCUCUGUGGUAGCGAGAGCUCCAUGGACUGCAUGCUAAUUGGGUUAAAUCCUUUGAUAUCCUGAUGUGGUCCUGCUCCAAAUUCUGUCUUACUGUGAAGGUAAGUAUCCUUCACAAAAGACCAGGGCUUUCUUUGAGCAGCCCUGAUACUUCAGAACUCUCUCCCAAGGGAGGCUUAUUCAAACACUUUCAAAACACUGUUCUUUUUCAAGAGGCCUUUGGUUUGCUUUGGUUUGGUUUGGUUUGGUUCUUGUUUUGUAUCACAUAGCCUUGCUUUGCAACUGCUUGUCAAAAUGGUUAUCAUCAAUAAACUGUUUCUAUUGUUUACAUUUUGGUUUGUUGAGCAAUGCUGAAUACCAGUAAAUAUUUUGUUGAAUGAAUAUUAUUGUGAUUACCAGUCCCAGACCAUGGAAACAGCAUUCUCUCAAGUGCAAUUGCCCUCUUACUGUCUCUUGUUCCAUAGGAGUGAAUGGUACAGUGUUCAUUAUGCUCCCUUGUAGUGAGCAAGAUCCUUAGGUCUGACUGGGGAAGCCCUUGCAUGCAGCAAAAAUGGAUGGGUGGUGAUUGCCUAUUCAGUCUCAAUGGGGAACUAAGCCUGGGUUGAAGAAGCCUGCAGCUGCAGGGCUCUAUGAUGUCCUCUCUCACUGACUCCCUUCUUCCCCCUACCAGAAGCCGCCCUUCCCUACAGCACGAAGCCUCUCAAAGGCAGAACGAGCUUUGGCACAGGCGCAGCGUGUUCUGUCUCUGAAGCAGCUGCUAGUUGAGGCCAAGAGGCACAACGUGUCUGUCAUGUUUGACUUGCGUCCCGAGGAGGAUCCCCACUACGAGGACCUCGUCAAUGUCACUGUGGAGACUAUCCUCCAUUCAGACAUCUCCCCGGAACUGGUGAGUUGUCCUCACUGCUUGACAGAACACAGUGGGCUUCCCCUUGGAGCUGGUGGGGAAAGUGGGUGGACAGGGAUGAGGCUGGCAUGCUUGCCUUGAGAAAUUCUGCCUAAAUGCAAACAACAAGGAAGCCAAGAGCAAGCCAGCAGUAAAUCACACUGAGCAAAUAGAGCAAGUAGCUGUUUAUUAACAAAAACGGGAUCUACACAGGAGUGUCUGGCCUAAUGAGCACAGCAAGUCCUUUCUUGUAGGUCUUGCCCCCCAUGAAGCAGGGGGAGUGAGGAGGGAUCUCUUGCUUACCAUUUCCCUCCUUCCCAGAUCCUAUGGCUCCCUGAUGAGUUUCGAGACUGGGUGAAGCAGCGGGCGCCCAGGUUCCAGCAGGUCUAUGGCCGGAAGAAGCUGAGCAAUGAAACAGAAGACCUUAUGCGUAUUAACCUGCCCUACCAAAAUCUGAGCAGCACUGAAAUCCGGUUAGUUGGGGGGGGGCGAUGUGCAGGAGGGAGGGCGGUGACAGUGGGGUUGGUGUCUAUCCCAGGCAUAGGUCAAGAAGAGAGAAUUGGCUAGCAAAGAUAGUUUGAGCAUCCUGAGACAACAUCUUUUCUUUUUGAAAAAAAAGUCUCAAGUUUUUGUUACUCCAUGGAUAAGUUUGGAAAUAUAGAGUAGGCUCAUUGAAAUCAAUGGACCCAAGUUAAUCACGUCCACUAAUUUCAAUUGGAUCACUUUGAGUGGAACUAACUUUGGACACAAUCCUACAUAAAGGAGAACAAUUUAGAUCAGCACAUGCACAAAAUCAAUACAGAUCCAAGCCAGAUAUCCGCCAGGAUAAAGAUUUCCACUUAGAAAGCUUGUUGAAAGAGGAAUGUCUUUAGCAGGUUCCAAAAAGGCAAUAGAGAAAGUGCCCCUCUGAUAUGCAGUGGGAGGGAGUUCCAGAGGGGAGAUACUUCCAAACCAAAGGCCUGAUUCCAGCAUGGUGCAGAAUGGAUCUCCUGAUAGAAUGGUAUCUGCAGCAGAAGUGGAUUUAUGGGAGCACAACCAGUUCAGUUACACCGGACGUGGAGCCUCGGUGGCACUGCAACCAUCAUUUAGAAUGCAGGCCAGGGUGUGUGCGUGCCAAAUGUUGGUGUCACACAGGGUGCCACUGAAACCUGAGACCCCAAAGCCCACCACUGUCUGCUGGAUGCUCUCACACAGGGCAUGCAGGGGAUCUGGCACCCUUUUGGGCUGAGCAAAGGAUACAGUGGUACCUCGGGUUACAUACGCUUCAGGUUACAUACGCUUCAGGUUACAGACUCCGCUAACCCAGAAACAGUACCUUGGGUCAAGAACUUUGCUUCAGGAUGAGAACAGAAAUCAUGCUCUGGCAGCGCGGCGGCAGUGGGAGGCCCCAUUAGCUAAAGUGGUGCUUCAGGUUAAGAACAGUUUCAGGUUAAGAAUGGACCUCUGGAAUGAAUUAAGUACUUAACCUGAGGUACCAGUGUAUAUCUAACCCCAGAUGAUAAGCCCUGAACAUCGUCCCAGAACACGGCAGCAAACUCUGUGGGUGGAAACUGUGGGGCUUACGCUCAGAGUCUCCCUCUCUGCCUUUGCCUCUGGGAGCCUGUCUUUUCCCUUCAGCGUAUCUUAGGCACUGGGGUUUCUCCUCCCUAGAGGCUUCACGGGAGUUUCCCUGUUCUGCUUUGGUGCCAUGAAUCCCACCUUCUUCCCUAGGGAGUAUCGCCGUGACAACAUCUCUGUGAACCUGUACGUGGUGAACGCCCCGUGGCUCUUCUCAAUCCUGUGGUGCGCAGGAGCCAACUCUGUCACCACUAACGCUUGCCAGGUGCUGCAGGGAAUGGAGCGCCCCCUCUGGCUACUGGUAAGACUGGUUGGGGCAGGGAAGGACUAGACUUGUAUCACCACCACCACCCCUGUGUAGGCAGCUCCCCGGGGAAACUGGCAGCUGCCCGUUUGCCCUUUCUCCCACCCCAAUGACCUCCGUUCCCCAUGUUCCCUUCUCCACAGCCUCGUGCCACAUACCAAAUGAUCUGGAUUGUGACAGACUGUGUCUCCUUUCUGCUGAUUGUCUGGGCCUUCUUCUUGCUGAAGUGAGUACAGUGUGAGGAACUCCCUUCUGCAUGCGCAGGGCAUCCUGCAGCUGCCAACCCCUAACAUAGCAGGGCUGGGGAAACCUGUGGCACUCCCGUGAUUCAUUGACCAUUAGCCAUUCUGCCUGGGGCUGAUGGGAGUUGUGAGGGCCACUCAUGAUCGCCUUCCCUGCUAUGUAGCCAUCUCUUCGCAGCAUGGGCUGGGCUCUGCCUAUCAAGGGGGCAUUUAGGAAAACCAAUGCACAAGUGUAUUCACUUGGGUGCCACCCACCUGUCAGUCACCUGAUGUCAUGGACCAAUCUGCCAGUCUUGCUGGUGUGUCCUUGCAGCCCUGACCUCACCUCUGCCCUGCUCUUCCCUGAUCCAAACAUGGCCUCAACGCUGAGUGACACUGUUGACCUACCUAAAAUAUUUUUUCAGGUUCCUGAGCUCCAUUAGAUGGUUGCUCUCCUCUUUUUCUUGGAAUUGUUGGUAAUAAGUUGCGGGUAAAAUAAUCCCCCUGUAUUUGCAACAUGGCUAAUGGCUGGUGUGAUAUAUCCUAGCUUCCUCUAUUCCACCAAGAUCAAAAUACUUCCCUUGUCUCUGGCAGAACCACAGACACUACUAGCGAUGAAGCUGAGGGUGGGAGGGCACACCUGUCUCUGAGCUAACUUAUUCCCUCCCUUCCCCUUACAGAAAAUGGUCCCGAAGAAAAGAGCCACAAGGUAAAGGGAGACGUUGGGCCUUCAGAUCAGUGUGAUAUUUCUGCUAUAUUUAGUGUGUGUUGUGCAGUACAAAGAAAAGCGAUCCACUUUCCACCAUCGUUUGGGAUACCUGCAAACUGACAGGGGUGACUUGAACUCUAUUCAACAACUCUAUCAGUGGGCAGAGGCUGCAGUUAUUUCUAUUGCACCUUUCUUCGAAGGAGCUUAAGGGUAGCGUACAUGGUUCUCACCCACAAUGAUCCUACAGGCGGAGCCUGACUGUUUAAAACAUACAAACACCUUGGCCCACAGUGAAUAGACCAUAAAGCUAGAAGUCCCCUACCCAGGAUCUCCUGUGUUGACAUUCUUCUUUUUCCUUUCUGCUCUUCCAGGUUAUGACUCAGAUGUGCUCCUGACAAAGAUCCACAGCCUGUUGUCUGAGUGACAUAUCAGCACAAACAGAGCAGAGGCCCUGUCCUUCCCAUUGGUGAAUGGGCAGGGCAGUUGUCACCUUUCAAAAUGUCUUUUCUGGGGAUGGCUUCUGGCUGUUGCUGAGACCUGGUUGUGGGGGCCUCUGCCCCCUGGAGCCAAGAGGCACAGCCACCACAUAGCCUCUGGGGAGCACAGCAGGACUUCUGCAAUUAUCCUGCAAUCAUCUCUCUCAGCAUGGCCUAGAUCCUGAAACUGCCAGGAAAGGACUGUACCAGUUGUGGCAAAGAACUGGAGAUUCCAUCUGAAGGUUUAAGUGUUGUCCCUGGUCUGGGAGGUGAUAGAAAUGUUCUUUUUUCUUACGUGCUUCUGAAACUGUUAUCAAUAAAACACCCUGCAUGAUUUGAGAAAGCUGAGUCAGGCUGCAAUUCUUGUUCCAGGGGUGUGGAGGACAAGGACGGAGAGAAAGUACAUGCUUUUUUGCAGCUAGACACUUUGCAUCUCAAACAUGGCUCUCAUUCAGCCUUUGCCAGCCUGGUGCCCUCCAGCAAUUUGGGACUGCACUUCCUAUCAGCCCCAGCCAGAUGGGAGUUGUAAUCCAAAACAGCUGGAAGGCACCACUUCGGUGAAGGCUGCUAUAGGCUGUGAUCUAGCACAGAGCUACACUAAACCAUUGCUUAACAUUACAUAUGCAAGAGUUGAUCAGCCCAGCGCCAGCCUCUCCACAAGAGUGACGCCAUCCCUUCCAAAUCCCAACCUGCUUUGUCUGUGUCAAAAGUGCCAGCCUGCUGUAUCUCAUUGUGCAACAGUGCCUUGUAGGGAAGGGAGGCACCCCCUCCCUCCCCAUGAAUCUGUUCUACCUGUGUUUCUAGCCAAACAGGCAUACUUUUAAAGAUACUUUGAGAUCUUUCCCCUGCUCAAGAACCCCUUGCAGAAUUCUUCUCAGAAAACUGUGUCUUUUAUUGGGAAGAGCAAACUUCUUAGUCUUUUGACAUGUUGAAUAAAAGAGGUUCCAGGUAUAGCUCUGGUGGUAGCGGCACAGUAGUGUUUUGUUUGCUAACCAGAAUUAACAACCACAUUUUGAAUAAACAUCACUUUGUUUAAAAAAAAAAAAAGCAUUUACAAGUCUCAGGCUCGUACACUUCCCCCAUCCUCUCCAAUCACCUUGUAGCUGUGCCAAGCACCUGCUUCCACUUUAAACUGCAAUUUUUCAUUUUAUACCUGAAGGUGGACAAACUGUGGUAUUAACUGUGAUGUAUUGAGAGAAGCCAGCUUCAAGCUGUGGUUUGUGAUCUUCACUCGUUUCAGUAAACCAUGGGUACCACAUAACCCCAAGGCUCUUCCCUGUGUGUACCCUACGGUACCCUAAAGUAGAACCAAGCCAAAAUAUGCAGGGUGUGAAAAACUGCAGAAUGCUUCCUGGAGGUUCAGUAAACUACCUCAUACAUUGCCAUGCUACACCCUCCUUUGCUGUGUCAGGGACCAACUUCUAAGGGCCCAGCACUCCCAGUCUGGCAAGUGGCAAGGUUCCUUGUGCAGAACUCAUUUGUGCCACCAAUCCCCACAAAAAGGCAAGGCUAAAGUUGCUGCCCAUCAGCUUAUCUGGGCCUGGAACCAGUUUACAAGACCAAGGUUUGGCCGCAGAGCAUGUGAAAAUAUUGUUUCUCUGUAGGUACAGAGUGCUAUAGAUAGUUCCUACUUGUUCCUGAGACCAAGGGCUUGAAAGAGGUUCCUUUCUUGGCUGCAGAUUUUCAGACAGCCUUGAGGGAUGCUGCAUCAAGCACAAGAAAGGAUCUUUUAUUGAAACUUCACCAUGGUUCUUUUAAUAAGCUGAAGGAGCUGCUGCAGUUUUGAUAAAGAUCAGAAGUUGAAAAAAAUGUUGCAGCCCUAAGUCUCUGCUAAUAGGACUUACACACCUGCAUAACUGGGCAGUAGGCUUAUUUUUAUGAAAGCGCUUCCUGUGACAAAGCACCAUCUUAAGAAGCAAUUUCUCUUCUAGAGGGAAAGCAUACUUAUUGUUUUCAAAACACUUUUACUGGUGUGCAGAUUUAGUUUGCUGAUUAAUUAACCUGCUUUGGAAGUGAGUUGAUUUAAAUAAAUUGUAAUGAGGUUGCAGUCCAAGUUUUAUUAAAAACACAGGCUUGCAAAUGUUGCUUUGGUAUGGGCAAAGAUCUUGGGGUGAAGGAGAGGAUGGCGCAGCUUAAAGGAGGAAACUAUAUACUAAAUGCUUAGCAUGGAAUCUGAACCCGCUUAACAGGAAACUUUCCACAGUGCUUCUAGGAGGUAUUUAGGUUCAGACAGCAGCAGCAGCAGACGUCUCACGGAAAGGGCACACAAUUAUCUGGCUGCCCUUAAGACCCAUUUGAACUUUCAGCGUAGCUGCUAAGGGCAAGGUGUCACGCAACUGACUCCAAUGGCACAAUGGGAAUGAAGCAAUAAUGCAGCUCCAGAGGCAAACAAGGCUUGAAGUCAAAAGCUGUACGAGCUACAGCUCUGCCAAAAUGUGCUACCACUUAACCUCAAGCAGAGAUGGGCUACUGCUUAAGCAGCCAAAGCGCUAACUAUAACAGACUGUACCAGUGCUCACAUAAGUGAAAACAUGUCCUUGGCCAGCCAGAUGGAGAAUGUCCUGCGUAUUGUGUUUGGGUGGGAGUUGAAAUCUCUCCUGGAAUUCUUGACCACCAGGUGGCACCGCAUCUCCAAUAACUGCUGAUUUGUUGGAAGGGCUGCUGCUGCUGCUGCUUGCAACCACCAAUCAUGGAACUUUUGAGGAGAGAAAAACCUUAUUCUCAUCCAAGCACAGAGAACAUAGCAUGCUUCUUUAUACCGUGUCAGACUAUUUAUCCAUCUAGCUUAGGACCUAACCCUUUUAACUAGAAAUGACAGGGUUGCCAUCUUGGGGCCUUUUGUACUCAUGUGCAAAAGGGGCCUUUCCUCUGUAUUUAACCAAGGAUAGAAUCACAGAACUGUAGGAUUGGAAGUGAUUCCAAGGGUCACCUGGUCCAGCCCCCUGCAAUGCAGGAAUCACAUCCCUGACAGAUGGCCAUCCAACCUGCUUAAAAGCCUCCAGUGGAGGAGAAACCACCAUCUUCUGAGGUAGUCCGUUCCAAUAUGGAACAGCUCUUACCACCGGAAAGUUCUUCCUAACAUUUAGUCAGAAUCUCCUUUCUUGCAGUUUGGUUUGGGUCAUAUGCUCUGGAGCAGCAAAAAACAAGCUUGCUCAGUCUUCCAUGUGACAGCCCUUAAUUGAUAUUUGAAGACAGCUAUCAUAUCACUUCUCGGACUUCUCUUCUCCAGGCUAAACAUACCCAACAUCCUCAACCAUUCCUCACAAAUUUUG